AUGAGGAACUGGCGAUUUAUCUUAAUUACUAUAGUCUUAAUGAAGCCGAAGGAUUUCCGUGAGACCAACGGCGAACCGUCUAAAAAUAAUUUGGCUCAGUAUCGCAACGGGUCCAUGGACAUCGAUAAACGACUAUCAGAAGAUGUGGUACCCAGUAACUACGUGAUCGCGAUCUCACCAGAUUUUCGAAAAGACGAGUUCCACGGUUCCGUUCGUAUCGACAUCGAAGUAUUAUAUGCUCGAAGUCAUAUCGUAUUACACUCAAGCAAUUUAACCAUUCUAUCGACGAAGUUAUAUUCCCAAAGAUCGAAGACGGAAAUUCCGAUAAAGUCUGUGUCCCCGGUAGACAAGCAUGGAAUGUUGGUGAUCGAGACGUUUCGUGUCAUCUCAGCGGCGGAAUAUUUUUUAAGAAUGAAUUUUACUGGAAGUUUGAAGGGGAAAGUCUAUGGUUUUUACUUAAGCAAAUAUACCGAUCUUAACGAGUCCGUCAGAAAAUUAGCAGUAACACAGUUUGAACCAUUUUACGCGAGGAACGCGUUCCCUUGCUUCGACGAACCGAGCUUCAAGUCCACAUUCCACAUCCGUCUUCUUUAUACAGAGAAACCGUUUUACCACGCGUUAUCGAACAUGCCAGUCACAAAAUCAGAAACAAUUAAAGACGACAAGUCCUCGACAGUGACGUUCUUCGAUCCUUCGCCACCAAUGUCCACUUACCUCGUUGCCUUUAUCGUCAGUGAUUUCGAGUGUCUCGAAUCGACCCUAACGAUCUUAAACGGUAGCAACAUUCCAGUAAAUGUUUGCGUGAGACCUAUGUACAAAAACAAAACGAGAUUCGCGUUAGAUACAGCGGUCCAAGUGAUGGAAUACUAUUUAACCAUUUUUGGCGUCGAUUAUCCUCUACCGAAACUAGACUUGAUCGGCGUUCCCGAUUUCAACGCUGGCGCUAUGGAGAACUGGGGUCUAAUCACGUUCAGGGAAACCGAGCUGCUCCACAACGGGAACGACAGUUCUUACCUGAACACAAGGAGUGUCAGCUGGACUGUGGCCCACGAGUUAGCGCACAUGUGGUUCGGUAAUCUGGUCACCAUGAGAUGGUGGAACGAUCUAUGGCUGAACGAGGGAUUCGCGACAUACAUGGAGCACAUGGCGAUCGACUUUGUGUUCCCCGAAUGGAAUCUGAUAGAUUCCUUUCCGUUGCAUACUAAGUACGUAGCCAUGAGACACGACGGCAAAACCCGAGCCCGUCCUAUCGUCAAACGCGUCGAAGAUCCCGAAGAAAUCGAAGAAAUGUUCGAUCGACUAUCGUACCACAAGGCGGCAGCCGUGAUCAGAAUGCUGGAGGACGCGAUCGGCAACACGAAGUUCGUUCGCGGGGUCAGGGAUUACCUGACGAGAUAUCAGUUCCGUAACGCUGACUCCCGCGACCUGUUCGAAGUUCUCCGGAACAGCAGCAACAUCGAUAUCGGCGAUUUCAUGAGCCGAUGGACCAAAACUCCCGGGUUCCCGAUGAUCGACGUGCGUCGCGAUAACGUCGUUUUCCGGCUCUCGCAACGACGGUUCGCGGUGAGCAAGAAAUUUCACGAGACCCUCGACGACGGAAGUUGGACCAUUCCCGUGAAAUACAUAACGAGCAGGAGGGACGGAGUGAAGUUCGACUGGUUCCUCGGGAACUUUUCUUGCGUGGAACUGACUCUUGAGAAGAAGGUAGAUUGGAUUAAGCUGAAUCACAGAUCGAUCGGGUAUUACAUUGUGAAUUACACAGAGGAUGCUUGGAACACGUUCAGCAAUUUAUUGAAGAGCGACCAUCAGGUGUUAAGCCCUAUCGAUAGGGCAGACCUUCUGCACGAUGCCUUUCUUCUAGCGGACGCGGCGGAUUUGAAUUACUCCGCGGUCAUGAACUUGACCGUUUAUCUUGUGAAUGAAACACAUUAUCAGCCAUGGGCCGUGGCCAGUGACUGGUUCGGACAAAUGAACAGAUUACUAGGCAAGACGCGUGUGCACGCUCGGUUUCAGUCGUAUGCCCGAAACCUUGUCGAGAAAAUUUAUCAUCGAGUCGGAUGGCGGGUUGUAGUGGAAAAGUCGUUCGUUAACAGAGAACUCGGCGUGCUGAUACUGCACGCUGCCUGCAGCGUUGGUCAGAAACACUGCCUGGAAACGGCCAGGCGGAAGCUGAUGAACUUUUUGGAGAACAACGCCGCGGAACCGCUACCAGCCGAUAUCCGCUCUAUCGUCUACACAUUCGGCCUCGCCACGCAGACCAGCGACGUUGGAUCAAUAUUUGAGAGCAUGUCGCGGUUACUCGCAAGGGAGACCAACGUUCAGGAAAGGGAUCGCUUGAUGAUCGGUCUGGCCGGUGUGCAAGAUAAAGGCAUCCUUAAUCGAUACCUUCGCCAGGCGACCAACGAAACUUUCAUUCGCAAGCAGGACUUCGCCCAAUUGUUGAUCAAAAUGGCGUCCACUCCCGUUGGGCUGGACGUAGUCUGGAAUUUCGUACGAUCCCAGUGGGACAGCCUGGCCAAAAUGUACACCGCGAAUGGUUACACCCUAGGCAACGCGAUCGUCAUGAUCGUCUCGUUGUUCAAAGAUCACGAAAUGUUGCACGAGGCGAGACGAUUCUUUCUGCGACACCCCGAUCUCGGCGUGACCGAAAGCGCCAAGAGGAACGCCAUCGAAGAAAUUGAAAACAACAUCAAUUGGCUGAAAACGAACAUGCAAAACAUCGAACGAUGGCUGACGACCAAUGGAUUCGACUAA